GCGCCUGGAUUCUUCACAGAGUUGAGGUACGGUGGUCUGCAAGGGUCUACAUUAAAUAGCCAUGGCCACUCUCUCUGCUACUUCCUGGGAGAUGUCUGGAGCAGUACAUUGAAGUGGGGUCAAGCAGCUCUGAGCACUUGCAAUGGCCUGACAGGGCUGUUCAAGCUCUCAGAAGAGGAAUUCUUCAUUAGUCCGCUGGAGUCAGCACAAGAAAAGUCAGCCCCACAGGCUCAUGCAGUCUAUAAGCGACAUGCUGUCCAAUCAGAACACCAGCUGGUGCAGCCUCUGUUUGGAGAGCACACAGCUAACGCGACCUGUGGGGUCAGAGAUCCUUUAGAAGGGGCAAAGCAGGUGGAAAGGCAAAGAGAGCGCUGGGAGAGACGGCAACAUCGCAGACGGAUUAGACAGCGCUCCAUAAGUACUGAGAAGUGGGUAGAGACUCUGGUAGUGGCUGACCCUAAAAUGGUGGAAUACCAUGGGAGCAAAGGAGUUGUGAGCUAUGUGCUCUCUGUCAUGAAUAUUGUGGCAGGGUUAUUUCGGGAUGCCAGCAUUGGAAAUGCCAUCAACAUCGCUGUCGUGCAUCUCAUUCUGCUGGAAAAGGACGAGGAGGAUUUGAAAAUUACGCAUCAUGCAGACAACAGCCUGAACAGCUUCUGUAAGUGGCAGAAAGGCAUCAAUAUGAAGGACGAUGAUCAUCCAGUCCAUCAUGAUGUGGCUGUCCUCAUUACUAGAAGAGACAUUUGUGCCGCCAUCAAUAAGCCUUGUGAGACAUUGGGACUGUCUCAUGUGGCUGGAAUGUGCCAACCUCACCGCAGCUGCAGCAUCAAUGAAGACACAGGCCUGACCCUGGCAUUUACAAUCGCACAUGAGCUCGGCCACAACUUUGGGAUUCAGCACGAUGGGAACGGCAAUGACUGUGAGCCUAUUGGGAAAAGACCUUUCAUCAUGUCUCCACAGCUCCUGUAUGGAACCUCUCCACCCAACUGGUCACGCUGCAGCCGUGAAUACAUCACCCGCUUCCUCGAUCGAGGCUGGGGCUGGUGUUUGGAUGACCCUCCUGUCAGAAACGAUCUUGAGAUGCACUCUGCUCCCCCUGGCGUCCUGUACAGCGCUGCUCAUCAGUGCAAGCUCCAGUAUGGAUCCAGCUCACUGCUCUGUGACGAUGUAGAUAAUAUCUGCAGCACCCUGUGGUGCACAGUGGGCUCAACCUGCCACUCGAGGCUGGAUGGUGUUGUGGAUGGGACCAAGUGCGGUGAGGGCAAGUGGUGUUUUGACGGGGAGUGUGUGGAGAUGGGCUUCCAGCCUAAAAGCGUGAAUGGUGGCUGGGAUUCAUGGAGCGAGUGGUCCAGGUGCACCAGGACAUGCGGUGUAGGCGUUCAGAAUGCCCAGAGGGAGUGUGUCAACCCUGUGCCCAAGUAUGGAGGUAAAUACUGUCUUGGAGAGCGCCGCAGAUAUCGAACCUGUAACCGUGACCCCUGCCCUGUGGACCAGAUCAGCUUCAGACACAUCCAGUGCAGCCGCUUUAACACAAUCCCAUAUAAGGGAAAGUUUUAUAAAUGGAUACAUGUAAAUAACAGAGUUAAUCCGUGUGAGCUGCACUGUAGACCUGUGAAUGAGCACUUUUCAGAGAGAAUGCUGGACACUGUCAUAGACGGAACACAGUGCUAUGAAGGCAGUCAGAGCCGUGACAUAUGCAUUAAUGGCGUUUGUAAGUACUUAGGCUGUGAUUAUGAGAUUGACUCAGAUGCUGUUGAGGAUCAGUGUGGAGUGUGCCAUGGAAAUGGAUCUACGUGCAAAACAGUGAGGAAGACCUUUGAGGACAGUGAAGGGCUCGGCUAUGUAGACAUAGGUCUAAUUCCGGAAGGAGCACGGGACAUCCGUAUCGAGGAAGUCGCAGAGGCUGGGAACUACUUGGCAUUGCGCAGUAAUGACCCUGAAAAAUAUUUCCUGAACGGUGGCUGGACGAUCCAGUGGAAUGGCGAGUAUAAAGCAGCAGGAACAGUAUUUACUUACGAAAGGACUGGGCAGCUGGAAAACCUAUCUUCCCCCGGACCGACUAUGGAGCCAGUGUGGAUCCAGCUGCUUUUUCAAGAGACCAAUCCAGGGGUGAGGUAUGAGUACACCAUAAGCAGAGACAUUCUUGUCGACUCCAACAAUGGCACUGCUGUCUCUUAUUUCCAGUGGAUUUAUGGGGCUUGGACUGAAUGCAGCGCCACAUGUGGAACUGGUGUACAGAGGCAAGUUGUGCACUGUGUGGAGAGAACAUCUGGAAUCGUCGAGGAACAUUACUGUGAUCCAGCUACUAGGCCGGAUGACAAGCAAAGUAACUGUUAUAAGGGGGCAUGUCCUGCCAUAUGGUGGGUUGGAGAGUGGCAGAAGUGCUCAUCUAGCUGUGGGGACAUUGGGCUUAGCAAGAGAACAGUGCUGUGUAUUCGGAGCCUUGGGCUGGAUGAGCAACGAGCGCUUCAGCCAGCUGAAUGUCAACAUUUGCCUAAGCCUGAGUCAAUUGUUCGGUGUAACACACAUGUGUCCUGUCCUGCUGACUGGACCAUUGGAAGCUGGUCAGAGUGUUCAGUGAGCUGUGCAGCUGGUUUCCAGAUAUGUGACGUGACCUGCAGCUGGAAUACUGGUAUGGACUGUGAUCCGAAAGCCAAGCCUAAUUCAACUAUGCCAUGCUAUCUUCAGGACUGCCCCAUAAAUUCGGACACCUUUGGCAAUGACUGGUCAGGAAGUGGAGCAUCCAGCAAAGAAGUUUUCAAUGAGAUAAAAGUUAUACCCCACUUUAGUACUACUAAAAAACAGCCCAGGGGCAAUGCUGACCUCAAUGACAUUAUAGAAGAUGAUUUCUCACAUUAUAGUCAUGUUGAAAAGUCCUCUGACAAUUCUAUUGUGAAAAAUCUUCAAGUUGAUGAUUUUUAUUACGACUACAAUUUUAUAAGAUUCCAUGAGGAUCUGUCGUAUGACUUUGAUAAAGAUGAAAAUUAUAUGUUCGAUAACUCAGGAAUAAAACAUGGAGACAUUACUCUGACAGGGACAGAUGUCCCUAUAACUACCUCAUCGCCAUCCACCACUGUGGACCAACACAGUACCACCAUGCGCUCUGACAGCAUUACAAUCAAGGGUACUGAAGGUCAUGAACCUCAAAAGAAAGACGUACUAGAUGAAAAUAAUGAUGAGCUAUUUGCUGAGGAUUACUUCCUGCCUGUCAUUGCAACAACUGAACCAUCCUCUGCAGUUACCAGGUUAUUUAGCAAAUGGAAGGACAAUGAUAGUGACUUCAGUAUUACUAGGAAACCUCCAUCAACUGCAGAUGUGUCCACUCAGGACAAGCAGACAUUGUCAUAUGAAACUGAGCCAAACAUCUUUUUGACUCCUGAACCACAUACAAAUUCAAACUCAAAUAACCAAGACAAUUACAAAGGCAAUCAAAAAGAUAAAACCAUAAUGGCAAUAACUGAAGAUGAGAAUGAAGAGGAGUUUGGCGAAGAUGUUCCUGGAAGUGAAAGUGAAGCACACCAUGGCACUCAAAAUAAUGAACCUCCUUUAGAUUAUUAUGUGUUUAAGUUUGAAACUUAUGAGAACAGACAUGUUCAUAUUCCCACUACUUCUUUACAAUGGCGUAUGGCCUCACCAACAGUCUCACUGAGUGCAACUUCUCAACCAUUGGAGCUUCUCAGCAGUGCUUCCAGUGAUGACUUUGCAAAAUAUAAAGUUCUGACGGAACCAUCAUUUAACACUAAGGAGAGUGAAUUCACUGUAAGAGAGUUCACUACGACCUCAGAUAGCCUUUCUCAAGGGUAUGUUCCUUCUCCAACUUCCUCUGUCCCAGCCAAACAUUACAGUAGCAUGACCUCAGCAGCUGGAACAACAGCUCUACCUCCUACAGAAAUGGAAAGUGAUUUUGAGCCCUCACUCUUCACUACAAGUGAUAUUCCGGACACUACAAUUGCUACAGAGAUUCAAAGUUGGUAUUCCAGAGCCAUUGCACCACCCAAAACUAAUGGGCCUAAAAUAGAGCCUUGGCGAACUCCGGUCCCCUUACCUCGCUGGACAGAGAAUGAAAACAAUAAGAUUAUUAUUGCCCGAAUGCUGAGACCUGCUGGGCUUAAUCCCUCUCUGCCUACUCCUACUGAGCAGCCAUCUCAGGGCACUAGUAGUGAGCAUUCAGUGCAUUCUUCUAGCCCUCCGAUGCCCACUGGGCUGGUCAUGCCUUCUCUUUACCCAUUAGCCUCCCCUGCACACUGGAAAAAAGGCAACUGGAGUGCUUGCUCAACAAGUUGCGGGCUUGGUGCCAUCUGGAGGUCAGUGUCCUGCAGCACUGGUGAUGGAUCAGACUGUGACUUAGCUACUAGGCCUGUGCCAGCGCGCCGCUGCUACCUUCGUCCCUGCUCUGCAUGGAAAGUUGGAGAGUGGAGUAAAUGCUCGAAGAAUUGUGGUGUAGGAGUGAAGGUCAGAGAGAUUCAGUGUUAUGACACACGAGAUCAAAGGUUGCUGCGGCCAUUUCAUUGCCAGGCCAUCUCCCCCAGACCUCCUGUCCGAAUUCCUUGUAACAUCCACAACUGUUUAGAGUGGUACACAUCUUCUUGGGGGCAGUGUUCAGAGCUGUGUGGAGGUGGGGAGCAGCAGAGGCUGGUCACCUGCCCUGAAACUGGGAAAUGUGAUGAUAACCUAAAGCCCAGCAACAUCCAGACUUGCAAUGUCCAUCCAUGCCACCAGUGGAUUACUGGAUCCUGGGGUCAGUGUUCGGUGUCCUGUGGAGGAGGUGUUCAGCGCCGACUGGUUAAAUGUGUCAACACUAAGGCCGAGCUCGAGGAUGAAAAUGAGCAUGUUGAUUGUGAUCACGAACCUCGACCAAAGAACACAAAGAAGUGUAACAUUCAUGACUGUGACAGCGCCACCUCUGGUCAGUUGUGUUUACGGGACCAUUUGACAUUACGCUUCUGUCAGACCCUCCAGUGGCUCGGGCGAUGUCAAGUGCCUUCAGUCCGUGCAAAGUGCUGCAAGACCUGCGGGCUGCCAUCACGGGGCAAUGAUCGCAUUGCAAGUCGCUGAGAUGCAGGGCGAUUGCAGAAUGAAUGUUGUAAGCCAUGGAACAAAAGAUUACACAAAUACUCAAAGCAGCUAUCCAUUGUUGGACAGACUGGUCUGGUCUGGUCAAGCUGUUGCCACUGACCAACAGUUUAUCAGGGAGCUACUUUGUCCCUACAUCCUUUAACACAUACAGUAAGAGGUUGGUUGCUAAGAAGAGGCUAAAUGGGACUGCAUUAAAUGUCAUCACACCGAACCAAAAAAAAAAAAAAACUCAUCUACUCACUAACCCGCUUUCAAAACCUUGUCAUGUUUAUAAUUGCGCUCUUGCAAACUGUUCUACUUUCAGGGAUUUUUUUAAAGAGUUGUCAGAAGCUCAGUGGUGAUUCUGAAGUCAUGCGACGGCGAAGUAGUUUUUUUAUUGCCUACAUAACUUUUACUUCUGACAAAGAGAGAACAAAACAUGUAAGAAUCAAACAUUUAUUGGUCACAGAGCUUAUUUCCUGCAAUAAUAUAAAAGCAGAUGAAAAAUACAACUGCUUUUUUGUCAAGGGUGAUGCUAAUUUCCAGGUUGACCUACAAAAAUACGUCAUCACUGCAUUGACUACUAUAGUAAUUAAACGUUCUUUUCUGAUUAGCAAUUGACAGAACAAAUAUAUUCAUAAUUUGGCUAUUUGAAUCAUAUCUUUUUAACUCUUGUCAGGAAUUUAGGAUUGCAGUUCAACAGUUCGAGUAUUUGAACCACAGAUAACCACAAAGCUAGAGCGCAAUUCCUCAUAAUUGCAAGGUUGCGGAUGUUUCUAUUUAUUGAAACUGAUGGCAGAUCAGAUGUAAAACCAGUAAUGAAGUAAACCGGUGCUAAAGGUAAUGAGCGCUAAGCUCCUCAAUCAGUCUAGUGUUGGCUGGUACUUGAAUUCUAUACACACUAUUUAUAGUACCUUAUUUUUAUGUCUGUAUUACCCUUUGGAUUAAUAAACAUACACAUAAUAAUAGUUCAGUGUACCACUUUUCAAAAUGUAUACAGCAUAGAAUAGCUUAAUGUCUGCUUUCGUAAAAUAUAAAGGAUUGCUUUAUAAUGCAGUCAUUGUAUUCCUCUAGUGUAUAAUGUGAGAUAAAACCGUUAGAGACAUCAGUUAAAAAAAAAAAACUCAAGAUGUUUGUCAGGUACAUGAAAUAUUACACUAAGUAAAUGUUUAGUAUGGUUGUUUUUGCCUUUUUAUAAUACAUGAUGACCACUAACUGUGCAUUCAGUCUUAAGAUGUGGUCACAUCUGCGACAUUUCUGCAAAGUUUCGGGGACAAAAAAGGUCUAUUGUUAAUAGUGUAAUGAUGUAUGAAGCUCAAUUCACACAGAGCAAUUAGCAAUAUGUCAUUGAAAUUUCACAGACAAAAAAGGUCAGUUUUUUAUGUCUAUACUAUAGAUAUGAAGCACAGCUAACAUAAAAAUCACUUUCAAACCAAGCUUUCUCUUGGUUAUAUUUCUGUUGGUCAUCACGGCAACUUCAGUGUACCAACUUGAAAACGAGUGAAAUCCAUUUAGGGAACAGGUUCGCCUUCAUGCAAAACUCCAGAUUGUGCAGAUUCCCAUUUAAAUGAUUGCAUAUCUCUAUGGAAGCCCAU